AUGAUGUCGUCGACGGCGAUCGUAGUCGUGGCCGCAGCUCUCCUGAUGUCGUUUUCAGGUGGCGCCGUGGACGGCUUGGUCAAGCAGUGGACGCCCAACGUGGACUUCGAGGCGCCGCGCAACUGGGACGCGGGACACGUCCCUUCACCCGUGGACGUGGCCGUUUUCCAGAAGGACACCUUGGUCCCGGUGGUGGUGCCGGCCGCUGGCGUGGACGUGUGCGAGGUCGUGCUGCCCUUCAACGGUCAGCUGAUCUUGGAGCCCAACGCCCGCGUAGUCAUCUCCGCGUCUUCCGAAGCGAUGGGUGGUUGCACGGGACAGGACGUGACGUUUAAACAAAACGCCCCGAUGGAAUGGGUGGAUCCGGAAAACUGGUCGAUGGAAAAUUUUAACAUAGCAACGCCACACGUGGAACGGAUACCUUGCGUGCACGACACCGUCGUGUUCAACCCUGGCCAUUCGUUUUCGGUCAUUGUUCCCGACGUUCCGAUCGACAUUGGAUCAAUGAAGUUCGGGAACCAAACGUUCGGUCAAACCGAAUUGAACGAGUUUCUUUUGUCGGACGUCGGCGAUCAAGAACUGAAGAGUUUUUCCCCCGACAACGAUGUAUCUAUUACACUGACUUCGACGUCCUGCGAAGUCCAUACAGGAUGUGAAUGCGGUACUCAACAACUUUUCGACCAAGUAUGCAAAGUGGCUUCAAAACGGUGCGAUAGUAAAUUGGGCUGCCUAAGCCCAGUGAAACCGAUUGGCCAUUGUUGUUGGACUUGUGGAGCUUAUUUUUUAAUUAAUUACAACCCAAAUAAUUUCACAAUUGAACAAUUCAGCAAAGAAUUCCAAAAAGACAUGCCCAAACUAAAACCGACGUUUGAAAAACAUCAACUUUCUUAUUACAUAAGUAAACUGUUGAACGGAAAAGUACAAGUCGUAAUGGCGAGCAGCACAAAAUAUGUGGACGAAAUAAAUGAAAUAGCUAAGACCAUACACUCGCUGCUAAUUACUUACCAGGGUGUGACAGACGUGAAAAUAUUCAACUCGGGACUGGCUUACGACGCGGACGGUAUGACGUACGGCCAAAUAGCCCUGACCACGUGCAUCGUCAUAUUUUGCAGCAUGUUGGCCAUUAUGUUGUACUACAACAACGACUGGAAAUCACUAUUGUCCGGCUCCGGGUCUAGUGCUGGUGCUGUUUUCGUCAAAUUCAAAAACGAUACCAACGAAGCUGUGGAACUGAUCGACGAAGACGUCCGAUUGCAGCGUAAGACUUCGUUCGACAACCCCACUUACGGAGCCGUGGAGAGUAUGAACAAAUCGCAGGCGUUCAGGAAAAUGCAUUCGUAUUCGGAUCCAUCUGUUUUGACGACACCGAGUGACGCGAUGGAUGUUGAACUGCAAGAAACUGCAAGCGAACAAAAGUCAUGA